AUGCAUACGGCCACCGUGAAGAAAGAGGGGGAGAAGGGCCAGCGGCGCUUCGGCUUAGAUCGGGGCGAACCGCGGCUCGCCGCCGGCCUCGCUAGCCGCUUCGCCGGGCGCCGUAGCGAAGCCGCCUCCUCCGGGGCCGGUCCUUGCAGGGCCGCAGGCGGGGAGCUGCGUGCCGAUGUGCCGCGGCAGCCGCCGGAGGAGGAGGAGGAGGAUGGUGGGCAGGACCGGCGAGGCGGCCGCGGGCGGGAGAGCGGCUCCGGCGGUGCCCGAGCCCCCCCGCUGCCCCCCGCUGCCCCCCGCGGCGCCCGCGGCUCCGCUCCGGCACGGGAUCCCGAGCGGACCGGCGCCCACAUGAUCUCGGCGGACGAUGCCGAAUACCCGCGGGAAUACCGCACCCUGGGCAACGGCACGCGGCGCUUCUCCAACGUGGGGCUGGUGCACACCUCGGAGCGCCGGCACACCGUCAUCGCCGCGCAGAGCCUCGAGGCCCUCACCGGCCUCCAGAAGUCGGAGAUGGAGCGCAAGCGGGACGCCUUCAUGGACCACCUGAAGAGCAAGUACCCGCAGCACGCGCUGGCGCUGCGCGGGCAGCAGGAGCGCCUGCGGGACCAGCAACCCAACUACUGGAGCUUUAAGACAAGGAGCUCCCGACACUCCCAGAGCUCCCAGCCUGGCUUGGCUGAUCAAGCCAAACUUUCCUUCGCCUCGGCCGAAUCCCUGGAAACCAUGUCAGAAGCUGAGCUGCCCAUAGGAUUCAACAGGAUGAACCGUUUCCGACAGAGUUUGCCUCUGUCCCGGUCCACCAGCCAGACGAAGCUGCGAUCACCAGGGGUUCUUUUCCUGCAGUUUGGGGAUGAGACGAGGCGUGUUCACAUCACCCACGAGAUCAGCAGCAUGGACACCCUGCACGCCCUCAUUGUCCACAUGUUUCCCCAGAAGCUCACGAUGGGGAUGCUGAAAUCUCCCAACACUGCCAUCCUCAUCAAGGACGAGUCACGCAAUGUCUUCUACGAGCUGGAGGAUGUCCGAGAUAUCCAGGACAGAAGUAUCAUUAAAAUCUACCGGAAAGAGCCCCUCUAUGCCUCGUUCCCAGCUUCACACAUCACCAAUGGCGACCUGAGGAGGGAGAUGGUUUACACCUCCAGGGAGUCAUCUCCCACCCGCCGGCUGAACAACAUGUCACCAGCUUCUCAUCUGACCUCCGGCUCCCCGCCACCCGUGCUCCAGUCCUCCUCCCCAUCCCGCUCUCGCAUGUCCUACAGCGGGGGCCGUCCACCCUCCUAUGCGGGCAGCCCCGUCCACCACAGCGAGCGCCUCUCCAACCUGCCGCCCGCACAAGGCGUCUCGCCCAGCCCCAGUGCCAUCCUGGAGCGCCGGGAUGUGAAGCCGGAUGAAGACCUGGCUGGGAAGAACGUGGUGCUGGUGAAGAACGAGGGGCUCUACGCCGAUCCCUACAGCAUGGUGCACGAGGGCCGCCUCAGCAUCACCUCCACCCAGUCCCUGGCUGGCAUGGGAGAUCCUUUCAGCUACUCCGGAGGGCUGUACAAGAGGGGCUCCGUUCGCUCCCUCAGCACCUACUCUGCGGCUGCCUUGCAGACAGAGCUGGAGGACAGCCUGUACAAGCCCAACGCGCAGAUCUACAGUGACACGUACGGGCCUGGCCUGGGUUUCCGCGUGCCCCCCUCCUCACCGCAGAAGAUGGCUGAUGGGCGGCUGGUGGAGGUGCAGCCAGGGCAGAGCCCUCACAGCCCCUACUCGGGGCCCCCCAGCCGGUCCUCACCUGUCCGCCAGUCCUUCCGCAAGGACUCCUGCUCCUCUGUCUUCAUGGAGAGUCCCAUCAACAAACCACGCAACCCCAGCUCCUCUGGGCCUCCGGAGCUGUUCCCUGGCCCUGGCGACCGCCCGCUUUCAGGAUUCAGCUCUCCUGUGCCGGCCAAGGACACAGAAACGAGGGAGCGGAUGGAAGCCAUGGAGAAGCAGAUUGCCAGCCUGACGGGGCUGGUGCAGAGCGCCCUGCUCCGUGGCUCCGAGGCCGAGACCCCCAGUGAGAAGACAGAAACCACCAAUGGCGGGACCCCCACAUCAGCAUCAGCCAGCCGGAGUGGCAUGGGGACACCAGUGCCUGUGCCCCCGCCACCCUCUGCCACGAGCACACCGGCUGGGCAGCCCACUGCCAUCACCCGCUUGCACAUGCAGCUGCACCUCCACGACCUGCAGCAGAAUGCCAGUGAUCUCCGCAACCAGCUGCAGCAGCUCAAGAAGCUGCAGCUGCAGAACCAGGAGACGGUGAAGACAAUGCUGCGGCGGACGGAGACAGAGAUCAGCGUGCGGGUAACAGACACCAUGCGCAAGCACGAGGACCCUCUGCAGCGCCAGCGCAGCCUGGUGGAAGAGGAGCGGCUCCGGUACCUUAACGAAGAGGAGCUCAUCACCCAGCAGCUGAAUGAUCUGGAGAAGUCAGUGGAGAAGAUCCAGAAGGAUUUAGCCCACAAUCACCGGCUCAUCCCUGUGCAGGAGCUGGAGGAGAAGGCCGUGGUGUUGAAGCAACUGGGGGAGACCCUGACAGACCUCAAGGCCCAGUUCCCCAGCCUGCAAAGCAAGAUGCGAGUGGUGCUGCGGGUAGAGGUGGAAGCAGUGAAGUUCCUCAAGGAGGAGCCAAACCGCCUUGAUGGUCUGCUCAAGCGCUGCAAGACCAUGACGGACACCCUCGCCCAGAUCCGCAGGCAAGUGGAGGAGGGUGUGUGGACCUCACCAAACAACCUCAGCCAGUCCCCCAAGAAGAUCGCCCCUGAGACAGACUUCAGCAAAGGGCUGGAUUUGGAGACACCUACUAGUCCCCCAGUGAGCCUCCAUCACCUGACUGGCGUCACUGAGACCCUGGGCUUUGGGCACAGCCCUCCCCAGACCCAGACCCAUCCCUCCAAGAGCAAUAACCCUUCCCGGGCUCCGGAGAUGGUACCUGCCAAGACCCAGACGGGCCCAGAAACUCCCAGCAAGAAGAGCGCAGACAAAGCCGUAUCUGUGGAGGCUGCUGAGCGGGACUGGGAGGAGAAGCGAGCAGCACUGACCCAGUACAGUGCCAAGGACAUCAACCGUCUCCUGGAGGAGACACAGGCCGAGCUCAUGAAGGCCAUCCCCGACCUGGAGUUCGCUGCCAAGCACAAGCAGGCCACAGGCAGCAGCAGCGCUGCGUCCACGCCAGAGCACAAGCCCUCCAAGCCACAGCAUGCACAGAAAUCCACGGGCAAGGUGGACCCCAAUGGCCGCCGGGGCUCAGAUGAACUGACAGUGCCCCGGUACCGGACUGAGAAACCCUCCAAAUCGCCACCACCUCCCCCUCCUCGCCGGAGCUUCCCUUCCUCCCAUGGGCUGACCACAACCCGCAGCGGUGAAGUCAUUGUCACCAGCAAGAAGGAGCCUGGUUUCAUGAAGAAGGCUGAGUCGGAGGAGCUGGAGACACAGAAGCCCCAGGUGAAGCUGAGACGGACAGUGUCGGAGGUGGUCAGACCUGCCUCCACCCCGCCCAUCAUCGCCUCUGCUAUCAAAGAUGACGAUGACGAAGACCGCAUCAUUGCAGAGCUGGAGGUGUUUCAGAGAAGCUCUGCCUCCCCUUUCAUUCCCAAGCUCCGUUACGAUCCGCUCACGGCUGCCAUCUCCCCUGGGCACGCAGACUUGUGGCCCAAUGGAGCCUCCGUUGCAGCCGAAGGAUGGAAGGAGAUGGAGCCCCUGGCACCCCCAGGGAGCAGGGCUUUCUCCCUCCCGCAGAUUGUGCUCACCGAGUGGGUAUCUGAACCACCGUCCCCUGAAGCCGAGCUUGAGCUAUCGGUAGAAACGGGCUCCUCUGAGCACGGUGACCAGUCCGGCAGCAGAGGAGCAGGAGGGGAGCUUGCACCAGUCCAUGGGCAGUCAGAAGGAAACUCUGCUGAUGUGCUCUCACCAGACAGGCCUGAGAGCCGCUCUAAUGGGGAAGGGAAAUGCUGUGCAUCUCCUGGCAUCUCAAAAAUGUCUCCAGCCACACUUGGGUGCGUUUCAGCCUCAGCCACACAGCCCCAGAGCAGCCUAUUUCAAGGCUGUGACCAUGCGCCAAGAGAGACUUUGAUGUUCCCUCUAGUGAACAGCAAGGUCCCAUCUCUCUCAAAGCAUGAAACUAGCCAGUCUGCUGGGGAAGAAAGAGGGUGCACAGCUUUGAACUCUACUGGAAAACAAGAAGGCAGCAGCAAGCUGUUACACCAAGGUCCUUUGGCUGAACAGUCUCCCCUUCCCUCGAGGGAAGCCAUGGAUCCCGGAGCUGGAGACACUGCACUCUCACCCAUCAGUGCAGAUGGUGAAAGGUCCAGCACUGUCCUGGGACUUCCCAGUGGUGUUGUGGAGCCCCAAGGAGGAACCAGACAGAGUAUGUGGGAGGCAGUUGCUCCUCCUGGAGUCCCUGAUGGGAUUUGCAGACAAACACGGAGGGAGGAACACAACAGCUUGCCAGCACCAGCAUGCCCAGUGCCAAAACCCAGAUCUUUCCUAGGCAGUGAUCCAGAUCAGCAAGGGAGCAAAGAGUCCAGGGCUGAGCACCCCAAGGAGGAGCUCCCUGCUUUCUCAAGGUCAGCGGAGGAUGCAGCAGCACCAGGCUGGAGCAGCCUAGGUCUGCCCGCACAGGGAGAAGGAGCCGAGAUGGACCCUUGUGUAGGAGGGAAGAGAGCGGAGGGACGCUGUUCCCCGGGUCCUCAGGGUCGGAGCAAAGGGGAGUUGUCUCUUCUCCACCCCAUGACUGCACGCAGCAAAGAGAUUUACGAAGGCACGUACCAGAGGCUGGAUAGCCUAGAAGAGACUAUCCGUGAGCUGGAAAUAACCAUUAAUGAAAUCAGCAGCCAUCCGUCAGUUGAAUUCAUAUUCCCUAAAGAACUUCUAGGACAAGAGGAGUCUAAGGAUGCCAGUGAAGGGAUAGAGGAAGGUCCAAGGGACGUCGUACACAGCAGCUGUGACAAUGGCACGGCCAUGGAUCUCAGUCAGGCCAAAGAUGAUGCUCCUGAGAGUCCAUCUUCGGGCAAGACCAAACCACCUCUGCUACCGAAGCCGCAGAUCCCUCUCGACAGUCCUCAGAGUGGAGGCGUCUCCAUCCCAGCCAUGAAGAUGGUGAACCCGGCGUCCAGGCUGAAGCAGAGCCAGCAGGGCAGCCCAGACAAAAGCAAACACAUAAAGCAGAGAAUGGAGUACAUGAGGAUCCAGGGACAACAGCAGGCCGCUAGAACAUCUAAAGAGGCUAGUGAGACUUCCACUGCAGUCUCAGAAAAACCUACAUCUGGCAGAACAUCCAUCCCUGUAUUGACUUCCUUUGGGGCAAGGAACUCAUCCAUUUCAUUCUAAACCUCCUUGCCAACUCCAUCCAACUGUUUUCCUGCCUCCUGGGGCCUGGCUUCUCUCUUCCUUAUGCUCCUCCCUUGGACUGUCUUCUUGAGGCACCUUGAGAGAUCACCAGGUGUCCUUCUCUUUUUGUUUUAAAUGUCUUGCUCCAAUGUGGCCGACCUCGUGUCUCACCUCUGCUCCGAUACGGCCGAACUUCUGUGUCACCUCUGCUCCGAUGCGGCCCAACUUCUGUCUCGCCUCUGCUCCAGCACGGCCCAACUUCUGUCUCGCAUCUUGCUCCAAAAUGGCCAACCAGCCACUUUCUGUUUCUUUCUCUCUUUCUCUCUCUCGUUCUUUUUACUUUUCUUUUUUUUUCUUUCUCGUUUUGUUUUGGUUGCUGUCGUUGGUUUGGUUUUCUCGGUACCUCCCUUUUCCACCCUGGCGUUUUCUGUUUAUUUAAGAGCUCUCAGAACUUCACUCCACCAGUUUCGCGAGCUUCA